AUGGCCACUGACAUUGCGACGCUCUCGCAGCUGCUCCAGGCCAGCCUGGAUCCUAGUCAAAACAAACAAGCCGAGGCAGCCAUCACACAGGAACAAGCCAAGCCGGGCUUCUCCCUCUCCCUACUCCAAAUCAUCGCCUCAGACUCCAGCCCGCCAAACACACGACUGUCUGCCGCGCUCUACUUCAAAAACUUCAUAAAACGCAACUGGGUGGAUGAAGAUGGCAACUACAAACUGCCCCAGGACGAGGUGGUGGCGAUCAAGAGGGAGCUGAUCGGGCUCAUGGUCUCAGUUCCCGCAAAUCUACAGGCGCAGCUUGGUGAAGCCAUCAGCGCCAUCGCAGACAGCGACUUUUGGGAGCGCUGGGACACCCUCGUCGACGAUCUUAUCUCGCGCCUCACUCCCGAUAACACCACUGUCAACAACGGCGUACUUCAAGUAGCACAUUCCAUCUUCAAGCGCUGGCGGCCUCUCUUCCGGUCCGAUGACCUCUUUACGGAAAUCAAUCACGUCUUGACUAAAUUCGGCACACCGUUCCUGCAACUGCUCGAGAACACCGACAACCUCAUCACGGCCUCUCAAGGUGACCCACAGACGCUCAAGACUGCCUUUGCCACGCUUCAGCUGCUUAUUAAGCUGUUCUAUGAUUUAUCCUGCCAAGACCUCCCGCCUGUCUUCGAAGACCAUAUUGGUGUCAUAUGCGGCCUGCUCCACAAGUACCUGACAUACGAUAACCCUGCGCUACAUACGGACGAUGAAGCCGAGGCUGGACCGCAGGAAUACGUCCGUGCUGGCAUAUUUGAAGCACUUAUGCUCUAUAUCCAAAAGUAUGAAGAUGUAUUUGGACCUCAGUUGGGACCCUUCAUCGAGACUAGCUGGAGUUUCCUCAUGACUGCAGGGCUCGAGAACAAAUACGACAUUGUAGUGAGCAAGGCACUGCAAUUCCUCUCGGCCGUCGCUUCUACACAACAUGCUGAAGCCUUCAAUAACCAGUCCGUCUUGGUUCAGGUGAUUGAAAAGGUAAUUCUACCGAACCUGACCCUACGUGAGUCCGAUGUCGAGAUGUUCGAGGACGAACCCAUCGAAUUCAUCCGCAGGGACCUUGAAGGGGCUGACAAUGAUACCCGCCGGCGUGCUGCCACAGAAUUCCUUCGCAAGCUCAUGAGUCGCUUUGAGGGUCUCGUCACAAGCACCUCGCAAACCUACAUUAACGCAUAUCUACAAAAUUAUGCCUCGGAUCCUGCGAACAAUUGGAAGUCUAAAGAUACUGCAGUCUAUCUUUUCACGGCCAUUGCUUCCAAGGGUGCUACAACUGCAGCACAGGGCAUCUUGACGGUCAACGCGAGUGUGAACAUUUUGGAGUUCUUUCAGACACACAUUGCUAGCGAUUUACAGUCGCAAGAUGCUUCGCCAAUCUUGAAAGUCGAUGCAAUCAAGUUUCUCUACGUGUUUCGUAGCCAGCUGUCACCAGAACUCUGGCGAGCCGCCUUCCCAUUGCUCGUCAAUCAGCUAGGCAAUGAAAAUUACGUCAUUCAUACAUAUGCUGCAAUUGCAGUUGAGCGAGCUCUGUUUAUGACAGACGCUGAUCGACAGCCAAUCAUUCCGCGAUCAGAUGUUGUUGAUUCCUCAAAUCAACUACUCACACAUUUGUUCAAGCUGAUCAUGAAGAACUCGGCUCCCGAGAAAAUUCAAGAGAAUGAGUUCCUCAUGAAGUGUGUCAUGCGCGUCCUGAUCUACAUUCGAGACGGCGUGCUACCUCAUUGUCAGAGCAUUCUACAGAGCUUCAUUGCCAUUGUCAAGGUCAUUCGACACAAUCCCAGUAAUCCGCGUUUCCAAUACUAUCUCUUUGAGGGCAUAGGAGCAUUAGUUCGAUUCGCUGCACCAAAAAAGCCUAGUUUCUUUGAAGAGAAACUCUAUGAGCCCUUUGCGGCCUGUCUCUCGGCAGAUGUCCAGGAAUUCUCCCCUUAUAUCUUCCAAAUCUUCUCGGCUUUGUUAGAGGCAAACCCCUCUGGAGAGCUGAGCCCUUACUAUCGAAGCUUGUUUGAGAUUGUCAUUCAGGGCGCGGUCUGGGAGCAGCGUGGCAAUGUGCCCGCAUUGGCUCGCUUACUGAGUGCCAUGAUUGCGCGGGAUGCUCAACACAUUGUAGCGAACAAACAGCUUGAGCCCAUUCUAGGUGUGUGGCAGAAGUUAGUCGUUACCAAGGCGCAAGAGACUCAUUCUUUCGAGCUGAUCGAGGCUGUCAUCACGCACAUGCCCGCAGCGGCUCUACAGCCCUACUUCACCACUAUCCUGCAAUUAAUGCUGCAAAGAUUGUCUAAUAACAAGACCGAGAACUUUCAGCAGCGCUUCAUUGCUUUCUAUCACUUCUUUUCGGCGCGAUUGGAUCAAGGUCUUGGCACGGAUUAUUUCAUUCAAGUCACCGACCAAAUCCAGCAUGACAUAUUCAAAGCACUUUACUUGCAGGUUAUCUUGCCAGAAACUCAAAAGCUUGCACGACCGACCGAUCGCAAGACCGCUGUGGUCUCUUUUGCUAAAACUCUGGGUGACUCACAAGCCUUUGUUGACAGAUAUCCCAAAGGAUGGCAACUCACGACACAGCGCCUGAUACAGCUCUUGGUCAACCCUCCGGUCCCGACAGCUGCUGAUGACAUCAUUCCCGAUGCAGAUGUGGACGAGCUGGGCUUUGGCGUUGGCUUCACACAGCUGAACACCUGCAAGAAGGCACCUCGCGACCCCUUCCCAGAGAUUACAGAUAUCAAGAGCUGGGUUGGCGAGUAUCUGAAGGGAGCAGAUCAGCGACACCAGGGCCGGAUUGGCAAGAUUGUACAAGAGAGGCUGGAUGCUGAAUCGAAGCAAGCAUUAGUUCAGUACCUGAAUUAG